CUCUCUCUCUCUCUCUCUCUCUCUCUUUCUUUCUCUCGCGCCCACCCACCCGUCGCUAUAAAUGAUCUAAGUGCUCCUCUCACGCCCUCUUCUCCCAUAUGACCAAUUCCACCCCAAUACCAACCCCAGCCCCUUCGCCCUCCCCACUACCCCCUAAAGACCACACCCCCGAGGCGGCGGCGGCGGAUGCGGAAGGAGGAGGAGGAGGAGGGAGGGAGGGUAGGGUUCCGGAGAGAGCGGCGGCGGAGGCGGUAGGGGAGGUGGAUAGGGGAGCGGAGAAGAGGGACGAGGAAGGGGAUCACCCGAUGGACGGAGGAGGAGGAGGAGGCGGAGAUGGCGGGCCCAAGCCGUCCCCCGCGACGGUGUUCCGUAUCCGCCUCAAGCAGCCGCCCGCGAGCCUCCGCCACAAGAUGAGCGUCCCCGAGCUCUGCCGCAACUUCAGUGCGGUUGCUUGGUGUGGGAAGCUGAACGCCAUCGCAUGUGCGUCGGAGACCUGCGCGAGGAUACCAUGCUCGAAUGCAAGUCCGCCUUUUUGGAUCCCAAUUCACAUCUUGAACCCCGAGAGGCCAACAGAAUGUGCCGUUUUUAACGUGAGAGCAGACUCUCCACGUGACUCUGUUCAGUUCAUUGAAUGGUCUCCUCGGUCGUGCCCCCGUGCCUUGCUAGUUGCAAAUUUUCAUGGGAGAAUCACAAUAUGGACUCAGCCUUCUCAAGGCCCUAUUAAUCUUGUACGCGACGCCAGCUGCUGGCAAUGCGAGCAUGAAUGGCGACAGGAUCUUGCUGUUGUGACCAAAUGGUUGUCAGGAAUGACUCCGUAUAGAUUUCUCCCAAACUCUAGCACUUCCGCCAACUCGAAGUCCUUUGAGGAAAGGUUUCUUCCACGGCAGUCUCAAAUUUCAGUGAGAUGGCCGAACAUUCUCUGUAUUUGUUCAGUUUUUUCAUCUGGAUCUGUUCAGCUUCACUGGGCACAGUGGCCUUCUCAAAAUGGGUCAGCACCGAGAUGGUUCUCAACGAGCAAAGGACUUCUAGGUGCUGGACCCAGUGGUAUAAUGGCUGCUGAUGCAAUUAUUACUGAAUCUGGGGCUCUUCAUGUUGCUGGUGUCCCACUUGUAAAUCCCUCUACUGUAGUGGUUUGGGAGGUGAUGCCUGGCCCUGGAAAUGGUUUCCAGACAACUGCAAAGAUUAGUACAACGAGCUCCAUUCCUCCAUAUUUGAGCCCUCCUUCCUGGACUGGUUUUGCACCUCUAGCAACAUAUCUAUUUAGCUUGCAAGAAUACUUAGGUUCUGAAGGAAUGCAAGGCAAGAAGCCAGAUCACGAGAUAACUGAGGCUGCAUCGAUACAUUGUUCACCUGUUUCGAAUUUUUCAGCAUAUGUGAGUCCUGAAACUGCUGCCCAAUCUGCUACCACGACAACAUGGGGCUCUGGGGUUACCGCAGUUGCUUUUGAUCCUACUCAUGGUGGGUCAGUCAUUGCUGUCGUAAUAGUUGAAGGGCAGUAUAUGUCUCCAUAUGAUCCAGACGAAGGACCUUCAAUUACGGGGUGGAGGGUUCAGUGUUGGGAAUCAUCUCUUCAACCUGUUGUUCUUCAUCCAAUAUUUGGCAAUCCCUCUGGUAGUUUUGGUGGACAAGCCCCCAUGCAAACUGUUUGGGAGACUAGAGUUAAUAAAAGCAUUCCACCAACUGAUGAGCUUAGGAAUCCUCAAGCAAUUGCAUCUGCGCCAACAGUAUCAGACGAACGAAAUUCAUCUGACUGCAGUGUUGAGAGGGCAACUAGGCUGAGUUUUGAUCCGUAUGAUCUGCCAAAUGAUGUUAGACAGCUUGCUCAAAUAGUUUAUUCUGCUCAUGGUGGUGAGGUUGCUGUUGCUUUCCUUCGAGGAGGAGUCCACAUUUUCUCUGGUCCAGACUUUAAUCAAAUUGAGAGCUACCAUGUCAAUGUUGGUUCAACAAUUGCUACACCUGCUUUCUCAUCAAGUAGCUGCUGCUUGGCUUCUGUUUGGCAUGACACUGUCAAGGAUCGCACUAUAUUAAAGAUAAUUCGUGUUCUUCCUCCUGCUCUUCCUAUUGCACAUUCGAGAGUUAGCUCAGCGAUGUGGGAGCGUGCAAUUGCAGAUAGAUUCUGGUGGAGUCUACUGGCUGGCGUGGAUUGGUGGGAUGCUGUUGGGUGUACGCAGAGUGCUGCAGAAGAUGGUAUUGUGUCACUUAACAGUGUUAUUGCUGUCCUGGAUGCGGACUUCCAUUCUCUUCCGUCUACACAGCAUAGGCAGCAACAUGGCCCUAACCUUGAUAGGAUUAAGUGCCGGCUUUUGGAAGGUACAAAUGCUCAAGAUGUUCGAGCACUUGUUCUUGAUAUGCAAGCUAGACUACUACUUGACAUGUUGGGCAAGGGAAUUGAAUCUGCUCUUGUAAACCCCUCGACUUUGUUAGCUGAGCCUUGGCAGGCUUCAAGCGAGAUGUUAUCAAGCAUUGAAUCUGACAAAAUGAUGGUGGAGCCUGCAUUAGCUCCCAGCAUCCAGGCAUAUGUCGAUGCAAUUCUUGAUCUAGCAUCACACUUCAUUACGCGUUUACGAAGGUAUGCAAGUUUUUGCCGUACUUUGGCUAGUCAUGCUGUAGGAGCAUCUGCUGGCACAGGGAGCACAAGGAAUAUGGUGACUAGCCCACCUCAUAAUUCUUCGUCUCCAUCAACCAAUCAAGGCACUCAAAGCGGAGUUACGGGUGCGACUGGUAAUUCUCAAAUGCAAGAGUGGGUACAGGGCGCCAUUGCUAAGAUCAGUAACAAUGCUGAUGGAGCUUCGACUGCCGCACAAAACCCAAUUAGUGGCCGAUCUUCAUUUAUUCCUAUAAGCAUAAAUACGGGAACUUUUCCUGGGACACCUGCUGUUCGACUCAUUGGAGACUGUCAUUUCCUUCAUAGGCUAUGUCAAUUAUUACUCUUCUGCUUACUUUUCCGGAAAAGACAAUCAUCACGGAUAAUGAUCAAUGCACAGAGGACUUUGGAUUCUAAUAUACUUAAAGUACAGCCUAUUGCUAAUGGGAAACUAGAGGACAACGGAAUUGCAGCAAGACCCAGUUUAGGUGUUGCCAAAAUGGAAGAGGUACAGUCUAUCCGUGCUGGACAACUACUUCCUGGAGCAAAAGGGGUAGAUGAAGGCCCUCCGGCCAAGUCAGUGAGAUUGGGCUUCGGCAAUGCAGGUCAGGGUUACACAUCGGAGGAGGUGAGGGUCCUCUUUCUCAUACUGGUUGAUCUCUGUCGAAGGACAGCUGGCUCGCAACACCCAUUGCCUGCUUCUCAGGUUGGUGCUAGCAAUAUCAUCAUACGGCUUCAUUAUAUUGAUGGUAACUACACCGUGCUGCCUGAGGUUGUAGAAGCAUCUCUCGGCCCACAUAUGCAGAAUAUGCCUCGGCCGCGAGGUGCUGAUGCUGCCGGACUUCUACUUCGUGAGUUAGAACUCCAUCCUCCAGCGGAAGAGUGGCACAGGCGUAAUAUGUUUGGUGGGCCCUGGUCGGAUGCGGACGAUCUUGGCCCACUAGAUAACAUGCCAAAGCUAAAGCUUUCUGGUUUGCCUAAUGUAGAAGAGGCUUAUGAUGAUUAUUCUGGGUCUCAAAGCCUUUGGCCGAGGAAACGUAGGUUGUCAGAAAGAGAUGCUGCAUUUGGUUUGAAGACUUCUGUCGGCCUUGGAUCAUAUCUUGGUAUCAUGGGUUCCCGAAGAGAUGUCAUCACAGCUAUUUGGAAGACAGGCCUAGAAGGUGUAUGGUACAAGUGCAUUAGAUGUUUGCGGCAAACCUGUGCAUUUGCUCAGCCAGGUUCUACAGGUUCCGCAGGUUCCGCGAAUGAACGCGAAGCGUGGUGGAUCAGCAGGUGGACCCACGGAUGUCCAAUGUGCGGUGGGACGUGGAUUCGAGUUGUUUGAAGGCUUACACUUGCCGGGGCGAGAGCCCUUUGUUGUGUCUUGCUAUUCUUCACUGCCUCAAAAGGAGUAAAAAUUUUGUUUUAUGUUUUAUAUGUAGGCGAGAGAACAAACUUCAUACUUAUUCUUUUUCUCUUUGUUGCUUCAUAUCUGAUGGGCAUUUUUGCCUUUCAACUGUAGGUUGUUAUGUGUAUAUAUUGGAGAAACGUUUGCCGGGGCGAGCUAGAAGCGUAGAAUACUUUUUAAAGAGUGUUGUUAUUCA